GACACCCCUUCCUCCUCAGCGGCGCCCACCCGGCGGAGCCCGAGACCCGUCCGCCGUGCCGCUCCCGCUAACCCCGUGUCUCUUGUUUGCAGAGGUCCCCCUGUACUUUGUGGACUUGCAGGAUGACUUAGACGACUUUGGAUUUGAAGACUAUGGCCCAGACUGUGACAGCAUGAGGGUGACAGCCUUCUUGGACAUCCCAGGCCAGGAUAACCUGCCCCCCCUCACUCGCCUGGAGAAGUAUGCUUUCAGCGAUAAUGUCUUCGACCGUCAGAUUAUUGCCAGAGGGCUACUUGAUAUCUUCAGGGACUUUGGUAACGAUGAAGAAGACUUCUUAACGGUCAUGGCAAUUGUGGUCAGAUUGUCAGAAGAUGCAGAGCCCACAGUGCGGACUGAGCUGAUGGAACAGAUUCCUCCUAUUGCCAUUUUUUUACAAGAAAACAGGUCAAAUUUUUCAAAGGUGUUCUCCGAAUAUCUCAUACCUAUUGUAGUGCGGUACCUCACCGAUCGAAACAAUCAGGUCAGAAAGUCAAGCCAGGAAGUACUCUUGAUUCUUCUGGAGCAGGAUCUGAUUUUCCAGCACGAUAUUGAAAACAAAGUGUGUCCAAUCCUGCUGGCGCUCUCUGCCCCAGACAGUGACGACGACUGCAAAGCAGAAGCCGUGAACAUCAUCUGCAAACUGGCUUCAGUGCUGCGCACGAGCACAGUGGAGCGCCUGCUGCUCCCUCGAUUCUGUGAAUUAUGUGGGGAUGGGAAGCUCUUUCAAGUUCGAAAGGUAUGUGCUACAAAUUUUGGUGAUAUUUGUCACGCCGUUGGACAAGAAGCAACUGAGAAAUUUUUGAUCCCAAAGUUCUUUGAGCUCUGCUCAGAUAAUGUGUGGGGGAUGCGAAAGGCCUGUGCGGAGUGCUUCAUGGCGGUAUCCUACAACACAUCCCCCGCGGUGCGCAGAGCCCAGCUGUCCCCGCUCUUCAUCCGCCUGGUCAGCGACCCCUGUCGAUGGGUACGCCAGGCUGCCUUUCAGUCCCUGGGCCCCUUCAUUUCCACCUUUGCAAACCCCUCCAGGGCUGGCCUCUAUAUUCGAGAGGAUGGCACCCUGAGCAUCAGGUCAUCAGCUCAGAGUGCAGGGUCCAGCUUCAUGCGCAGGUCAGCUGGUGCCCGCAACUGUGUUGACGCCACCUCAGCCUGUUCAACACAGCCAGGGCAGAUAGAGCCACAUCCACCCAUGGGAGGCCCAUCAGGGGGCACCAGUGGUUUCCUGCACGUCAAGAGCUCCUGUGAUGGCCCGAUGGAAAACCCAAUGGAGGACUCCGGCCUGACUGGAGCUGAGGUGACCAGUGCCUUCUCGAAGCUCCCUGAUAUUAACAACCUCCCCAUCAGCAGUCACCCUGCACCUGAUUCCUGGGCCUGCCCAGGGAGUCCCGAGGAUGCAUUCGGUAAUUUCCUUUAUUGGCGAACUCCUCUCCCUGACAUAAGCCAGGACUUGGAGUUGCUUCUGAGUGCGGCUGGGCCGCAGGAAGAAGGCCGCUGCAGAUCUGAGCCUGUGUGUGGCAGCUAUGUGGCCAGGAGUGACAUUCAGAAAGUCCUCGACAGUUUGCAGGAGCACAUGAUGAACGAUCCAGAUGUUCAAGCUCAAGUUCAGGUGCUAUCAGCUGCACUGAGGGCCACACAGCUGGACUCUGUGAGUGAGCCCGAGCACCCGCUGGCAGACAGUCUGAGUGCAGUGUCCCUUUCAGAUCCCAGGCAGGCCUCUGACAGCUGGCUGGCUCCGUCGGCCUCAUCCCUGCAGAGUGAGCCCUCUGUGGCCAGGAUAUUACCAAGCACAAAUCCAGGCGAGCCCUGCCAUGGAACCCGUGACCAUCUGGGGACCCAGCAGAGGCAUGACCCCGUCCCACUUGAGGAGAAUAAAUCUAAACUACAGGAUAUUAUUCCUCAGCCCCUAUUGGAUGAGUAUGUGUCGAUGACCGACCCAGCUCGAGCCCAGACUGUCGAUAGCGACAUAGCCAAGCACUGUGCAUACAGCCUCCCAGGGGUGGCGCUUACGCUGGGCAGGCAGAAUUGGCACUGCCUGAAGGAUACAUACGCAACGCUCGCUUCCGACGUGAAGUGGAAGGUACGUCGGACCCUGGCCUUCUCCAUCCAUGAGCUGGCUGUGAUUCUCGGGGAUCAGUUAACAGCUGCUGACCUGGUACCCAUCUUCAAUGGAUUUUUAAAAGACCUGGACGAAGUACGAAUAGGAGUUCUUAAACACCUGUAUGAUUUCCUAAAGUUGCUUCAUGAAGACAAGAGGAGAGAAUAUCUUUAUCAGCUUCAAGAAUUUGUAGUGACCAAAAAUAAGAUGGGGUUUUGCCUCCCAAAACAAUUUCUUUUUCUUUUAAAUUUCAGGCAGCUGAUACUAAUUUUGGAACUCUAUAAUCCCAAUGAGGUUUAUGAUUAUUUAAUGCAUAUUGCCUUAAAGCUGUGUGCAGAUAAAGUUUCCGAAGUGCGGUGGAUCUCCUUCAGACUAGUUGUGGCAAUUCUGCAGAAAUUCUAUUCAAACAGUGAAAGUGCUUUGGGGGUAAAUUUCAUCAAUGAACUCAUCCUAAGGUUCCGGCACUGUUCGAAGUGGGUUGGAAGGCAAGCUUUUGCUUUCAUUUGCCAGGCAGUGGUGAGUGAGGAGUGUAUCCCUGUGGACCAGUUUGUGGAACACUUACUCCCCAGCCUCCUGAGCCUCGCCUCAGACCCUGUGCCCAAUGUCAGGGUGUUGCUCGCCAAAGCUCUGAGGCAGACACUCUUGGACAAGGCAUACUUUAGAAAUGCCGGCCACCCUCAUCUUGAACUCGUUGAAGAGACCAUCUUAGCUUUGCAGUCAGACCGGGACCAAGAUGUCUCCUUUUUUGCCAUGCUGGAGCCAAAGCGGGGGAAUCUUGCGGACACUACCAUGCUGGAGAAACAGAACUGAGCUCUGGGAUCGCUCACAACCGCUCCUCCUGUACUUGGGGCACAUCUCUUAUGUAAUCAGACCUGCUGAGGGAGGGAAAUUUC